UUCGAUGAGACUCGAACACCUCCAUUCCACAAAUUCCACAAAUUCCACAAUACAUACAAUCAAAUACAUACCUGUACCUACAUCCCCCAUAUCCCCAUCCCAUCAAAUCAAGCAAAUCAAGCAAUUCAAUCAACCGAUGAAUCAAUCCAUCCUCGAUCGGGCCAGCCGCCAUCUAACCUACCACUACUACCCUGUCACUUUUUGCUACCUAAAACAAGCCACCACCUUACUCUAGAUAUUUAUCAUACUCUGUUUUAAAAUAAGAAAAAGAAAACAUUGAAGGAAAAAGAAAAGGGGAAAAAAAGAAUUUCCGAAGUAUACUCGCAUGAUUUAAAGAAAAAAAUCGUCUCGUCUCGGGAUUUCUAUCGGCGCCAUGAUUGUAGAUGAGAUUAACGGUGUGCGACAGAACGGCGACACCAACGGCGAGACCAAUGGCGACCUCAAUGGUCAUGGCCCAGCCAAACGCCGUGAAACCAACGGAUCACGACACAGCUCUGAAGUCUGCGUCGUCGGAGCCGGACCCGCUGGCUUAAUGUUGGCUGUUCUAUUAGCUAGGUUCGGCAUCAAUGUUGAGGUCAUAGAUGAGAGAGCCGACCAGACACAAGCUGGUCGAGCUGAUGGCUUACAACCUAAGACCAUAGAGACCCUGCGUCAACUAAGACUCGCAGAUGGUCUUCUUCAGAGAGGCGCCAAAGUUUUUGACAUCUGCUUCUGGGAAGCUACUGCUAACCGCCGUUUAAGGCGCUUAGGCCGUGAGAUUCACUAUCCUGCGCUAGUCGUUGACCUUCUUGACGAUUACAUCCUCCUUGUCCACCAGGGGGUCGUAGAGGGGGUCUUCAUAGAAGAUCUGAGGAAGCGGGGCAUCGAAGUGAAGCGAAGCCACCAAUUUCAAACUUUCAAGCAGAAAGAAGACGAGGCAGGCUUACUAGAGGUUGAGAGUAAAAUUACGAGUACAGGGGAAAAGGAGACGACGCUAUCCAAGUACAUAGUAGGAUGUGACGGUGCCCGAUCAAAGGUACGGAACUGCAUACCGGACACGUACUCUGUGGGCAAAUCACAUGAAUCUGUGUGGGCCGUGCUUGAUGGAGAACUGAUCUCGGACUUCCCGGACCUCUGGUCUAAGACGGUCGUUUACAGUGAAGUGCAUGGAUCCAUCCUCAUCGUCCCGCGGGAACGGGGCACAACUCGAUUCUAUGUUGAGAUCAAACCCGACACCGAGACUGGCAACCUGCGAGAACUCGGGCAAGAAUUCGUGAUGCAACGUGCCAAGCAGAUCUUGGCGCCGUACUCGGUUGAAUGGCGGACCGUGGAAUGGUUCGGUAAUUAUCAGAUUGGGCAGCGCAUAGCAAAUAAAUUCACCGAUCCGCAUCUGCAGGCAUUCAUUGCAGGGGACGCGAGUCAUACACAUUCUCCCAAGGCCGCGCAGGGUAUGAACACAAGUAUGCACGACAGCUGGAACCUGGCAUGGAAAUUGAACCUCGCAACAAGAGACUUAGCAAAGCCCGUCCUCCUCGAGUCAUAUGAGAUGGAGCGUAGGAAGAUUGCCCAUGACCUCAUCAAUUUUGACUACGAGCACGCCAACAAAAUGGCUGGUGGCGACGCCAAAGCUCUCGCAGAGAACUUCCGCACCAACGUACGGUUUAUCUCCGGCGUUGGCGUCGAGUAUGAUCACAACGUACUCAAUCACCCGGCGAAACGCAGUGGGGGCGAACUAAGACCGGGAUGCCUCGUACCACCGGCCAAGGUGACUCGCUAUAUCGAUGCAAACCCGAUCGACGUCCAGCUCGAUAUCCCCAUGUUAGGCCAAUUCAGAGUGUACUUUUUUGUGCCGGAUAUUCACAACAGCAUGCCGUUCCUCCAAACGUUCUGUAACGGACUGACAAGGCAAGACUCUUUGUUUAGGAAACUAAGUCAAGCCGCCGCAGCGAGUUACGUGGAGAAGCCACGUACUCCGACUGCCGAAGACGUUUACAUACGUUCGGAGAGAUACACAGGCGUCAGCGAACUCACGACGUUCGCUCUUAUUACAACUAUGGAUAAGGCUAGGGUUGAAAUACAGGACCUUCCCCCACUCUUUGCUCGAAGCGCAUGGACGUUCUACUUAGAUAAUGUCCCCUACCUAGACACUCGCCGGCAGACAUGCACGAGCAAGUGGGUAGGAACUUUGCAGAAAGACGAAGUCGCGAUAGUAAUCUUGCGGCCCGACGGUUACGUGGGGUCGAUCAGUAGGUGGGACUCGCUCGGUGUAAAUGCUGGCUCGACGGCAGCCGACUGGCUUAAUUCGUAUUACGAUGGAUUCCUCAAGGUCCCUGGGGAUAAAUUAAGAUAAUGAACUGUUACGACGGGUUUGGGAAGCGGCGUACCCGCGUGGCGACGUGUACGGGGUUUCCUUGUC